UGCGCAGGCAGUGCUCGCGGCGGCGGCGACGGCGGCGGGAGGUUCGGUUGUCGCCCGUUGGCCGCGCGGCGCCGCGCUCGGCGGCCGCCAUUGCAGCUUAUUUUCAGUUACUUUUUAAAGACAGAAGGCUCAUGGUGCAAAUUAUUAUUUCCAGUGCUGGGGCUGGAGGCCUGGCAGAAUGGGUGCUGAUGGAGCUACAGGGGGAGAUCGAGGCUCGCUACAGCACUGGAUUAGCUGGAAACCUCCUGGGAGACCUACAUUACACCACUGAGGGAAUCCCUGUGCUGAUCGUGGGGCAUCAUAUCCUGUAUGGGAAAAUCAUCCACCUGGAGAAACCUUUUGCGGUCCUUGUCAAACACACUUCUGGGGAGCAGGACUGUGAUAACCGUGGCUGUGAGACUGGCACCCGGUACUUGGUGACAGCACUCAUCAAAAACAAGAUUCUUUUCAAAACUCGCCCCAAGCCCAUUAUCACCAACGUACCCAAGAAAGUAUGAAAGAACCCCGGAUUUUCCCUAGAGAGCGGCCAACUCCUUGGACUCGUGUUCCACUGCCACCUCGAGGACGGCUUGAUGGUUCCCUGGGACCACAGGGGGGUCAGGGUCCUGUUCUAAACACAGGCCACCCACUGGGCAUGAUCUCGGAUUCCUUCCUUAUGCCAACUGGUUCUCUUGGUGGAAAUCUGGCCCCAUUUCCAAGGAACCCUUCUCCUUUUCCAACUUCAUCAAGCUCAUUGGCUUCAAAUCCAGCACCUUUCCCUGCUGGUGCUCGUGACCCAAGCAUGGCUUCUUUUCCAAGGGGAAUGAAUCCUACUGGCACAG